UUGAUUGGCCAGUGUAAAGUAAAAUACAUGAAUAUAUACGUUUGCAUCUGUGUUUUUCCGUAGAGGAAACUAGCAGCAACGGAACAGGCGAAGCUCACAAUAAUACAAAAAAAUGCUUGCUUUUACGAUUGCGUUUCUGUUUUGCGUGAACGUUGUUUUAGGAUUUGAAGAUUACACAACGGAUGGUAUUUGUAACAACUCGUUGUUAAACACCAUCCAGGAUUCACAAUUUAGUUCAUCUUCCUACUGGGCGAGUAGGGGAAACGGAUGUGGACCUUGGCGGGCUCGGUUGAACUCAACAUUCUAUAUUAAGAAUGGAAAUGCCUAUUAUGGAGCCUGGGUGUCUCAAACAAAUAACCAGCGUCAAUACAUUCAGGUAGAGUUUAAUGAGAUCAGUGAAGUACGAGCCAUUGUGACCCUUGCAAGAGACAAUUCCGACAGCUACAACCAAUAUGUAAAAUCAUAUCUUGUACUGUAUAGCAAGGAUUGCAGGACGUUCGAGACGGUUAAAGAUGAGAACGGAGGUGAUAAUGUGUUUGCCGGUAACAGGGAUACGUCGAACAUGGUAACGAACCGUUUCUCAACACCGUUGGAGGCAAAAUGCAUUCGAAUCAAUCCUUUGUCUUGGUAUAUACACAUAUCUAUGCGAUUUGACCUAUUUGGUUGUCCAGACAAGUGCGUAAGGCAACAUCUUCUGAGCACCGUGCCGGAUUCCCAGUUUAGUGCAUCUUCCCACUUGCCCUCAGUUGCAGGCGACGGUGGACCGUGGCGUGCUAGGUUGAACUCUACACGCCAUACUGAAGAUGGAGCAACCAAAUAUGGAGGCUGGGUUGCUGCAACGAAUGAUCAACAACAAUACAUUCAGGUCAAAUUGAGGCUAAGCGAGGUGAGAGGAAUUGUGACAAAGGCGAGAGAUAAUGCAGAUGGUUACAAUCAGUACGUCACUUCAUAUCGAGUGUUGUACAGCAUCGACUGCGAACGAUUUCAAGCUGUUGAGAACCCUGGCGGAACUGAUGUGAUAUUCGUUGGCAAUGAGGACACUGACAACAGCAAGACAAAUUGGUUCAGUCCUGCCCUGAAUGCGAAAUGUAUUAGAAUCAAUCCGCUUUCUUGGCACAAUCACGUGUCCUUGCGCUUUGAGUUGAUUGGUUGCUUAGAUCGCAGAUGCAUGUUCUAGAAGUGGAGUUCCAGAAAACAUUCCGAAGACAUCGUUAUUCAACCGGGAUCUGAUAUGCCAUCCCAUUGAUGUUUUUUGAAUAUGUAGAUUAAUUCAACGCUGCAGACAAAAUCGAUUUUAAUCUUCUAGUGUACAGAAACCUCACAAAAAUACGCAUAUUCUAUAGUUUUGGGUUUCGAAAUAAAGAAAUGUUACAAUUUGUGUAAACAAUAACGUUCUUCACAAAUGAACAUUGAGAUAUCUGUAAUACAAACAUAACACAGCAUAAGAAAGUCAAAAUCAGAUAUUAACAUCGUAUUAACAUAACAUAAUAUAAUACAUGCCAUGUCUAAACAUAACAAUGCAUAACAUCACAUAAAACACAAAAGAAUCUUAACAACCCAAAACACACAAAAAUAUAUAUAGUAUUAUUAGAUACAUAUCACAUUUCAUACAAUAACAUUAAGAAACAUUAUUUAACAUUACAUAACAUACAAUAAAAAACACAACAGAACUUGCAAAUAUUUACUUCCUUGAGAAUCGGUAAUAUCCGUGUAUGUCCGUACCGGUUGGCAUUCUCUUUUUUGUAGUAAAAACUCGAUUAGGUAUUUGUACAUAUUUUCGUCUUUUCGUGCAAAAGACUAACGAAAAUGCCUCCAAUAAGGAAUAAAGAUCAGUUAUCAGAAAUAAUUUCUAUUUAUAUAUCCUAGCAUUAUAUGGGUUCAAUCUAAACCAUAUGGAGCCAUGGGGACAAGCCCUAAGCUAGUUCUACGUUCAUUUUACAAUGUACAUUAAUGUGUUAUCUUCAUGGAACAAACCAAUUAAAGUUGGCAUAAUUCAUAGAGCAACUCAGAUUAAAAUUUCAACUAAGUUCACACUUGCUUUUGGUCCUAAAUUGGAUUUAAAGUAAACGAACUUUGUUUUUUGACACAAAAAAUUGAGAAAACCAAGAAAAUGGUGUAACCAAAUAAUGCAUUUGAAUGAAUCAGAUGGGCAAAGAAAUUUUGAAAACCGUUUGUCCAAGAAUUGUAUUCAUUUGCACUAGUUUAUUUAUUUAACUACGUAAAGAUGAUUUGUUACUGCGGUCACAGAUUAAACAUCAAUCAGAUAUUAUAUAUUUGUUCCAUAGGCGAAUUGUAAACAGUUUAUCUUUUUAGGAACAAAUAGACACAAAUAAACAAAUUGGUAGUGUUUUCAAUAAGUGUUCACUAAUAAUGUCUGAAUAAAGCUUAACAGUAAAAUCUCUUGGUUUCUAUUUUAUUCAUAUUUUAACUUUAGAAAGAACCCAGCAUGACAUAAGUGUGUUUUGUGACGUAGAGGUCAAUGUAUGACACCUUACGUUCGUCAGAAUUGUCCUAAAAACAAUUAAAGAACUGAUAAAGUUGAAAAUCAUCGAUUGUGAUUGGUCCACACAAAACUGCAAACACUAAGUGGUUUUUAACUGAAUAAAUAAUAAAAAAGUAUUUUUUUAAUAUGAAGUGAUAAUUAUUUUUCAAGGUUACAUAGUGGAGCCAAAGAUUGGUGCUAGUUAAAUAUUUAUAUUAUCAAGACCUGUAAGAUUUACUGCAUGAAGGCUAUCAUACCUCUACACACGUAUUGUGGUUCGUUAGUUAAACGCUUAUACUAGUGUUGUGUCGAUGAUCGAUUACAAUCGACAAUUGAUCGGAAAGGCCUACGUUGGCGACAAUCGAUAGUAAAAUUUGAACAAUCGAUUAUAGGAACAAGGGACGUAACCGCUACCGACUGAUUUUCUUUUUCUGGUUAAUGCUAGUUCAUGUUGAAACAUUAAGGUGAAACUAUGUUAAGUUAUUUAGUUAUAUUCUUAUCAAGUCAGUUUGUCACUAGAGUAUCUUAUGUUAAAUUUUCUUUGUAAUUUAACUGCUAAAGGAUUGGUUCUCAACUUCUCAUGUUUGUGGUUUAAAAGUGAUUUUUAAAACAUGUUACCGUUUACUUUUUACAAUGUAAGAAUUUAGUUUUCUCAGUUUAAUGUUCUUGUAAAACAUAUAUAAUAAUCAACUGCUUGUUGUACUUGCUACUGACUGAUUAUUAAAAAACAAAUCAAUA